AUGAUCGUGUAUAACAACGGAGAAAAAACGGAGUUCAAACUUUGGCAACGAAAACUUAAAUCUCUAUCAGAAACGAAUAAACCAAAAAAUGCAAUGGACGCUAUUUACAUAUGUAAUGAAGCCAUGUACCUAAAUAUUUUUAAGUUACUUAAAAUAUUAGCAACUUUACCAGUUUCUUCUGCCACUAAUGAAAGGACAUUCUCAACUCUCAAGAGAAUUAAAACUUACUUACGCAACUCUACUUCUGAGGGAAGACUUAAUGGUCUAGCUAUGCUCUCGAUCAACAAAAAUGAUUCAAUUACUCCUGAUGAAGUGCUGGUUGAACUAUCCAAUAAAAAAAGGAGACUAGAAUUUUUAUUAUAA